AUAGAGUUUAAAAGCUCCUGCAGGACCGAACACAUUCACAGGAAGCUGGACCAGCAAUGGCUCUGCUGAAGGUUCUGCUGCUGCUGCUGGGGCUGGGUGUUACGAUGAGCUCAGGGUCUCUGCAGAAGAGAAUUAUUGGAGGUCAGAAGUGUAGAGACGAUGAGCGACACUAUCAUGUGAAGGUAAUUGCAAAUGAUCAAACAUCAGCGAGAUUAUGUGGAGGAUCUCUGAUCAGUGAUCAGUGGGUUCUGACUGCAGCUCACUGCUGGAAGUCAGAUCCAAGAUGGGUUCUUAAGGCACAUGUAGGAGUUCAUCCUAAAAGUGCUCCAAAGCUGACCCAUAGAAUCACUGAACGUGAGGUUUAUAUAGACAGUAACGGUCGAAAACAUGACAUCAUGCUGCUGAAGCUGCCAGUAAAGAUAACAACGAUCCGACCAAUCAGACUACCUGACUGUCCAGAUACUCUCCUACUUGGCACCAAGGUUCAGAUUGCAGGUUUUGGAGCGACACAAGUUGGCUUUUUUAACAAAAGACUCGAAGAUUUUCCAGAUGAUCUUCAGUGUGCAGAGUUUAAGAUUGUUAAAAAUGAAAAGUUGGAAAAGACACUGGCAAAAGAAGAGUACUUUAAGCGCUCAUACCAGAAGUGGUACAGUGUGAAAAGUUCUAAGAAGGACCCAUCUCACGGUGACUCUGGUGGAGGCUUUGUGUUCAAGAACAGGCUGUAUGGUGUUAUGGCCUUCACUGGAGAUCCAAUAUAUGCAUUCAAUGAACCAAGUGCUUUCCUGGAUGUUUGUGCCUACAAGCAGUGGAUAGAUGAUACAAUUAACCAAAAACCCUAGGUUGCUCGGUGUCUGAACUGUGACUAGAUGUUCCCAGCAAAAUAAAUUCACAAAGUUCAAGUUAAUCUUUAAAUUUCAGUUUUUAGUUUAUUCAUUUUCUGAUUUACAGCUGAAUUGUUUUGGGAUGUAAGUUAUUGUGUACAAGUUAUUCAGUGAUAAUAUCUUAUUUCUCAAUAAGUAAAGCUGAUGUUUGUAAUAAUCAGUAAUAAUAUCCACUGUCACAUGAGUAGGAAAUAAAUGCUUGUUAUCUGA